GUUACGUGUGUGAUGACGUAUCACACGGGCCGACCGGAAGUGUGCUGGGUUUCUCGGUGAUUUCCGUCAUUUCCUCUUCUUCGGCUCGUCGCCCUGUUUUAAAUUAAUUUCCGUGAAGUGAAGCGAGAGAAGAACUCGUUCCUCCAUCGUGUCCGUCGAAGGAAGAAACAUUUAACUGACGGACUGUAGCUGGACUGUCAUGGCGGAGGUUGGACGUCCUUAGCUAGGCUGAAGGCUCUGGACAGGAUCCUGAUCAGACAAAAGGCACCAUGAGGUGACGACUGUGACAACUUGUAUUUCUGCCUACGUGGACUUAUGGCAAGGAUCACUUUCUCCUGCCUGCCGGCCUCCUGGUACUGCAGCGUGUCCCUGGUGUCUCUGGGCUGCGCUCCCAGGCAGAGACUGCUGCUGCUGGUGCUGCUCUUCAUCACUUCUGCCAUCUUCCUCCUGGGAACCUACCAGAGGCAGCUGUGGGGCCCGCAGCGGCGGCCCGGGGCCCGAGUCAACAUGUACCUCUCCAUCGCUGAGUCCAUGGAGGCCACCGACGUCCUCAACCCUGCUCUGAAUUAUGGGAUCGUGGUGGACUGUGGCAGCAGUGGUUCCCGGGUCUUUGUGUACUACUGGCCGCCUCACAACGGGAACCCUCACACGCUGCUCGACAUCAGACAGAUGAAGGACCGCGAUCGCAAACCAGUCGUCAAGAAGAUCAAACCCGGUAUCUCCACCCUGGCGAAGACACCAGCUGAGGCCAGCGACUACCUCCACCCUCUCCUCAGCUUCGCCGCCGCUCACGUCCCGAAGAACAAACACAAAGAGACGCCGCUCUACAUCCUGUGUACUGCCGGCAUGAGGCUGCUGCCCGAGAGUGUGCAGGCGGCCAUCUUGGAGGACCUGGUCACCGAUGUUCCACUGGAGUUUGACUUCCUGUUUUCGCGUUCCCAUGCUGAGGUCAUCUCUGGGAAACAGGAGGGAGUUUAUGCAUGGAUUGGUAUUAAUUUUGUGUUGGGCCGCUUUGAACAUGCUGAUGAGGAGGACGCCACAGUCGAGGUGACAACAGGGUCACAGAACCAGCGGCCAAUCAGCAGGCGGCGCACAGUGGGCAUCAUGGACAUGGGUGGAGCUUCACUGCAGAUUGCCUAUGAGGUUCCCAGCUCCAUCACCUUCAGUUCACCAGAAGAAGAGGAGGCGGGGAAGACGGUUCUCGCAGAGUUUAAUCUGGGCUGCGACGUCGAGCACACGCAGCACGUCUACAGAGUCUACGUCACCACCUUCCUCGGCUUCGGAGGAAACAUGGCCCGUCAGCGCUACGAAGACCAGCUAGUCAACAAAACGCUGUCCAAGAACAGGUUUCUGACCACACAGACCGGCCUGAGUGCAGACAAACCGUACCUGGACCCCUGUCUGCCAGGCGGCCUGUCAGACACAGUUGUGAGGGACAACCGCACUCUGUACCUGAGGGGUCAGGGGGACUGGACCCGCUGUCAGGAGGCCGUCCGACCCUUCCUGGGCCUCCACAACGGCACCAUGUCACCAGGGGGCGUCUAUCAGGCUCCCAUCAACUUCAGCAACAGUGAGUUCUACGGGUUCUCCGAGUUCUUCUACUGCACGGAGGACGUGCUGAGGUUGGGAGGACAGUACGACAGCGAGAAGUACUCCCGAGCUGCGAUGGACUACUGCUCCACCAAGUGGUCGACACUGAAACAGCGUCUGGACAACAAGCUGUUCUCUCAGCAGGCCGACGUCAGCAGACUCAAGUAUCAGUGCUUCAAGUCAGCCUGGAUGUACGAGGUAUUACACUCCGGAUUCCGAUUCCCCGCCGACUACCCGAGUCUGAAAACAGCCCAGCUGGUUUAUGACAAGGAGGUGCAGUGGACUCUGGGAGCCAUCCUGUUCAAGACCCGCUUCCUGCCUCUCAGGGACCUGCAGCAGGAAACGCUGCGUCAGAGUCACUCCAGCUGGCUGCGCUCCUCCUUCGUCUACAACCACCACCUGUUCUCACUCUGCAUCCUGGUCGUGGUGCUCGCCAUCCUGCUCUACAUCCUGCGCCUGCGGAGGAUCCACCAGCGGGAGCAGCGACAGGCCGAGGCCCUGAACCUCCUCUGGGUCGAAGAGGGGGAGGCCCUCCUCCCCUGAGGGAGGGGACGCGUCCUGAUGACCCGCAGGGUUUCAUGUUUGUCGUAUCAGAACCACGACCAAACAGUGCGAGUGUGGAGGACAGAUAAGGGAACCUGGACGCUCCUCAACCAGCCAAGGGUGAGACUUGGCCAGUGAGGAUGAAAAGAGAAGAGCCAGGAUUUUAUUUUGCGGAAAGACAUCACAGCACAGAGUCGGUUUAAUGAGCCUGGAAUCAAACUGCUCUGUAUUAACUUUGAUCGUGCAGCUUCAAACAGAGAGACACUUUCUUCCUCUUUAUUUUGGAAGAAAAGAAUCCACUCGAUGUAACAGGAUUGAACAACUAUCAUUAUUCUGCCCCCAUUUCUCCAAAGAUCCAAAGCCCCGUGUUUGAGCUUAUUUACAAAGACAGUCUGGACGGCUGGCCUCGAUCCGGUGGGUUGAUCGCUGCAGAGACAGAAGACGGAGGAGGUGAUGUUCUCCAGCAGAGGAUAUUUAACGUAGGAUUAUGGAUUUGUCGAAGACUUUGAAGAUCAGUCGAGGUCUGUUUAGGAGUAGAGAAGUAGCUCACAGCUCGGCUCUACUGAAGGCAGAACACAUCCGUCCGUCUGUCCACACUGAGACUACAUCAGAACCAACAGCCAGUCAUCUUCACAGGUGAUCUUACACCUGUCCUGCAACUCGGUUCAUAACAGGAUACCUCCAGAGCCAGCCAUGUUCUCGUCAGCUGCACUUUAACGCCAAAAUGAUUCCGUCCAUGUUUGUCUGUACACAAGGAGCCGCUCAGUGGAUCAUCAUGGUUCUGCUGACGAGUGAAACUAAUCAUCCAGCAUCUGGUGCGUCAGGCCGGUUAGUAUGAUCACAGUGGAUCACUGAGGGUUAAAGAUACAGCACUGAUGAUAUAACACUAGUUUAUUCAACAAUAACUGAGCUGUAACAGGACUGUGACCGAGCUUUUAGCAUGUUAGCAUGCUAAUAUUAGAUGAUUUAAUGCUAAGAUGUUAAUUUUAGCUUCAAGAGUUCAACAAAGUGUAACUGAGACCGGAGAACGCUGAGCUGAGUCUGAUCAUGUAGAGCUGAGCCUGACAAGCAGAGUCCCAACAUGGCCGCCCACCUGCACAGGUGUUCAGGUAACAACUGAACCUUUCAGUCGAGGCCAAACGUGACAUUUUUCACCUCUUGUAGAGAAAAUCUGAAGCUGCCAGAGUUUGUAGAAAUUCCUAAACAUAAUUUUGCGUCACACCAGGUCGACAGCGGGACCGUCUGACUUUGUGGAUCUGGUUGUUGUAGUUUUUGUGAGUCCUUGUCGACGGCUUCUCAGCCAACUGGACGCCUGGAUUCGGUGCUGUUCACCCAUCUAGCUCAGUAUCUUAUUUUUUACCUCCACCUCCUUCGUCAGUGCUGUUUGCAGCUGUUUAUCAGGCGUGUUCUCGUUAGAAGCGGCCAUAUUGGCAACAGCAGCGUCAAAGCCAACAGAAGAGCCGACCUGCGAGCUGCUGGGCUGCAGGCUGAAGUCUUUGUGCUCUCAUCAUGUGCAGCUUUCUGGCCGAGACACAGGUGACGUGAGGCGACGCAACAGGCGUCCAGCAGUUUGUUGUGUCUGAGCCCAGAGUACACGUGACCUUUAAAUACCAGCCAACAGAUCUGAACAUUAACACGAACACACCGAGGAGAAAACGAUGCUGGAGACCUUUUUUUGUUUUGUUUUACUUUAAAACCCCAAAAUCCUUCUCUCACCGCCGUCUGACAGAUGAAAUGUUCAGACCCAGAGAGUGAUGCAGCUCUGCAGCUCAGUGAAGUGAUAUCACAGCUGCUUUCAUCAAGAGUGCAGCAGAACUUUCCUGCCAUCAAAGAUACUGUUUCAUCUGCACCUCUCUCCGUCCCGACGGGACGAUUUCCUCGAAAGCGAAUCCUGACAGACCGAUGAUGUCAGCUGCAGAGCUCAGAUUGUGCUUUGAUACUUGAAUGCCACUGUUGUCCUGCCAGGACCCGCAGUCCGGUCCAGCACAGAUCUGUAUCAGCGGACAGACGGAGCCGGGAGGCGUUUCGGCUGAAAAGAGCGUCGAGAUCUGCUCAGUGUUCGGAUGAAGACGCUGACAGCAGACGGCGACCCCGGAGGCCUGAUUCAAACAGAUACCAUCCGAUUUCUGAGCGCAAUAACUUCACAAAAGGGACGAAACUGUAACUGCUGGCCCGAAUAAUGAUGCCAGGGUGAUGUGUGUGUUUCAGAAUCAACUUCUUUAAAGCCAUUUCUGAGGAGCCAAGUCCUGUCCUUUAGUUUCACUGUGUUUCAUUGCUGUUCACGAAACCACUGUUUUUGUGUUGUGUGUUUUUCUUGGCGUUGUGUGUGAGGUGCUGACAGACCGACACAGGCGAGCAGCGAACCACGACCAUGCAAACAUGUGUGAGCAGCGCCUGGCGACACUUCCCUGAGAAGUUUAAUAACGUGCUGAUCCCACAGUGGGAGGUGCUUCAUGUCCAGAAAGUCUCAUUUGUAAUUUAACUCAGAUUUGUGGGACAUGAUUCAACAAACUGAGCGCUGGUGACUCCAGUGUUUUUAUAAGACAGAGCCUGUUUUGGUGCUGAUGUGAAUAUUAAGAGAGGAGGAAACUGUUUGAUUUAAAAGAGAAGAAUGUGAUUCCACAUGCUGUGUACACACUCGUCCUCCUGACGCAGAUGAGCUGCGACGCGUCCUCGUCAAACUGUCAGUGUGUGUUUGUAACUCCAGAGUCUGUGAGAGGAGCCGAAGGUCUGAGAGCUCACAGAGGGAUUUCUGUUGGAGUUCUGACCUGGUUCUGAUUCAUCCGGACCUCCUCUCAGGUUCUGACUCCUUACAUGGGACCACUGGUUGUGAAUGUGUGUGUGUGUGUGUGUGUUUCAGCGCCGGGUUUUGUGCAAUGUUGAACUGUAAUUCACUGAAUUUUGACAACUUGACUUCAGCGUUUUUAAUUAAAAGUACCUGCAUAGAAACAAUUCCAAUCCAAUAAAGGAUCAUUUUUGUAAUGAAACA